GCUCUUUUUCUACGUCUGGCUGACGUGAGGGACGGGGCAUGUUGCUGCUGCUAAUCUAGCCAAGCAUGAUAUUUCGAGAACUCUUUUGGCCCGGUGCAACGGUUUUCUCUUGGCAUGGCUGUAUAGCAGAGGGCCAUGACCUUGGGCUAUAUAUCCAUAUACAGGGACACAGUUGUGUCAAUCCCUUCCCCUUAAUCCGCCCAGCCCCUUACCCACAGAACCCAUGACUUGAGGGCAGGGACGUUUCUUCGACAUCGACAUAAUUAGCAUCUUUGCACAUAAGCGGCCUAUAGGAGCAUAUCCUUUCUUCUUCUUCCUCCCGCGACCAACAGCCCUAUCCGGCUAGCCAUUCAUGAUUGUUGCGUUCUUGUAGUCUACCGAUGAUGGUGCAUGCUUGGGAGUUUGGGGCUCUGAGAUUAUGUUAUGAAUGCUUGCUGGCUCGGUUUGUUCGCCAUACAUAGGCCGGCAACCGCUCUUAUGCUGUACAAUGAUAUAUGAGAUGUAUUGUAUAAUAAUUUCAUACCCAUUAUGUCACCUACCUACCUAUCUACAUAUAUCUGAUUGGAC